GUGUCGUGGGCGCGGGAGGGUGGGCAUAAUAUAUAAACAGAAACACAACAAACCUUUGUUUGUCGCGAAGUUCGUCGAUACUAGUCUCGUUCAUUUUGUAUUGCGUCCAUCUGACGCAGUAGCGCGCAGUAUUGUCGUUGUAUUGUUGUUAUUUACAUUGUGUAAUGGCUGAAGCGCCAGAAAGCGAGCCAUUGCCUUCUUCAAGCGAAAGCGAAGUCGCGCUAGAUACUAAGGAGCCUGAUGAACCCUUGUCAAAAAAACGUAAAAUUACCGACAAAGAAGGGAGCGACAAACUCGAGCAUAGGCUGGGGGGCAUCUUGUGCUGCGCAGUUUGCCUAGACCUGCCCCAGGCGGCCGUGUAUCAGUGUAGUAAUGGACACCUGAUGUGUGCGCCAUGCUUCACGCAUUUGCUCGCGGACGCGCGGCUGCGCGACGAGUCGGCCACCUGCCCUAAUUGUCGCGUUGAAAUCUCCAAAACAUCAGCGUCGAGAAACCUGGCCGUGGAGAAGACGGUGUCGGAGCUGCCCUCCGAGUGCAAGUUCUGCACGUGCGUGUUCCCGCGCCACUCGCUGCAGCAUCACGAGGAGAACACGUGCGAGGAGAGGCUGACGGGCUGCCGCUACGCCUGCAUCGGCUGCCCCUGGCGCGGGCCGGCGCACGAGGCGCGCGGCCACGAGGCGCGCUGCGCGGCGCCGGCGCAGUCGGGCGCCGACGUGCUGGCCGCGCUGGCCGAGCGCGAGCGCCGCGCGCGCGACGCCGGCAAGCUCUACGCGCAGGUGCUCGACCUGCUCUCCUACGAGAAGAUCACCUUCAAUGACCUACAGCUGAAGCCGUACCGCACGGAGGAGUUCGUGCACAAGCUGUACUACGAGACAUCGCGGUUCUCCGCCUUCGGUCACCAGUGGGUGGUGAAGGCCUUCGUCAACAAGAACCAGCGCGACCCCACGCAAAGCUCGCAGCGAGAGAUCUCUUACCAGCUCGCCCUGCAGUUGAUCCUGAAGAGUAAGCCGGCGCAGGCGCUGGGCGUGCAGUGGCUGGUGCUGCGCGGCCCGUACGGCGAGGCGCGCCUGCGGGCCAGCGUGAGCGCGCACAGCUUCGCCGAGGACUGCGCCGACGCGCCGCCGCUGCCGCUGCCGCUGCUCGACGCCGCCGACACCAACCGCCUGCUCUCCAACAAGGCCAUCCACUUCAGGUGCCCAGCCCACCCCACAUGUGCAAUUCAAUAGACAACAUUCUACAAGAAAGCAAGUCUUUUCAAAAAAAAAUACUCGUCUCAAAACUCAAUUACCUAAUGAUGUAAAUUUUGUGUGGUACGUACUCAAAUUUAUUUUUACAAGUAACGACUUACUUUCUUGAAGAAAUAUGUUUUGAUCUGCACAAAAGUAUUGCGACCUGAGUCUAAUUAAACACGUUGGAUAUUCAUACCGCAAAGUGCAACAAUCAUGUGGCUCCAGUAAACAACACCGUAAGUACCUAAUGAAUCUUAGCAGUUGUCAAAAAUAUGACGGGUCCAUGAGUUUGUAUUUCUUGACCUUCUACAAAUACUGUAGUCAUAUCCUUUAACUUGAAGUACCCCAGUUUCUUUAAUACAGAUAGGUACCUGUAUGUUAUGAUGAAGGCCAAUUGCACAAUGAGUCUUUUUGGGGUACAGAUUUAUCUUCCCAGUGGCGAGAAAACAAAUUUGUUAGGUCAAGUAUUAUCUCAUUGCAGGCUCAUAAUGUUCCUGGCGUCGAAGUGAUAACAUCCGACGAGGGCGUCGCGAGCCCGCGACUGAUCCGUUUUAUAUCGCUUUACACUCACACACUGCGCAACUACCAAAGAACAAUGCAAUCGUAACACACACAUACAAACCGCCACUUCUACACCUUGAUACUCGUUUACUGAUUAAUCACGUAUCUAGAACAGACUUGUUUAUUAUUGAGGUAAAUGUUAAAUUUCGAUCAACUAUAAAUUACAUUGUUAAGUGUCCCUCUCAUAGUUCAAUAGAGCUGACACGGCCCUGGCAUAUGGUGGUAUUCUUGUAGGUUGAUGAUAUUAAUGUUGUGACUAAUCAUAGUAAACGAUAUCAAACGGGUACUUUCAUGAACACUCCGCUUUCUUAUCAUUAUUUUAUGAUUAUUUUAAUUUAACUAUAAAUUGCAAGUGGGACGCCAAAUUGCUAAAUUCAAAAAGGUGUUCGAGAUUAUUAUUGAGUACAAAUUUAAAUUUAUUAGGUCAUUGUUCGUUGAAUUGUUAGUGAUGUAAGUAUUGGACGAAUAGAUGUUAAUUAGUAUAAGCUUUUUGCUUGGUGCGGUUACUCUGGUUGUGCGAUAGCGCCGUCGCCAUCCUACCAUGUGUAUUGUAGCGCAAGUGCCUCGACGAGAGCGCGUGUCACCCGCACACCGGGUCGCCGCCGCGAGCCAGCUAGGGUCUAGUUUGAUAUCAACAUUAUAAUAUCAGAGUGGCUGUAUACAAUAUGAAAUUACUUCUUGAAAUGGUAUUGUUGAAGGUUAAAUUUAUAUUCGUAUAUAUAAAAUUAUUUUGGAGUGUUGUGUUUAUAAUGUAAUGUAUUUGACUUACGUGACUAGCGGCCCCCAUGAAGUAAUCAAUUAAUUUAUGAUAUUUUACAAUUACACAGGGGCUGUUACCAUAAUAAUUUGAUAUUAUAGUCUUUCUCUUUUAUUUACAAAUAGUAAUAAUUUUGGGUUUCGAAUAAAAUGCUAAGUUAUUGA